ACACUAAUGUCAGAUUUCGUGUAAUAACAGAACUUGCAUAUGAAAAAUGUCUUAAAAAUCGAACAUUACAACUAUAUCCUUAUCUUGAAGUCGGAGGACAGCUUUGUCAUUCACAUUAUUGCAAAUUAGUAGAAAAUGCCGGCCUUGUCCAAAAAUGA